UCCUUAAUCGUUACAAACAUAAUAAUAGUAUCGUUUUUAUAAUAUUAAUGUUGUAUAUUAGCAAAUUUUCAAAUUAUUGUAACAACAACUUAACGUGGAAGUACAAUAACAUUAGACCGGUGGCGGAGCAGUAGACUGACUUAAUUCGUACGUGAUCGUCGUCCCUCCCAUCAACGUUGCAGUCUAGCCAUAAAAUUAUCAAUUCUGUUUUUUUGCACAAUAACAGCUGCAUCAUUAUAUCGGAGGUGAUAUCAGCGGCAGCCAAGCCUUUACGGUACGCACACCCAACACACGUCUUACGCAACCACAUCACACAUCCACACGCCAGACCGAAGUCUGCGAUAAUUGCACGCUCUCGGUGAUUAUAAUAUUAAAACAUUGAUAACGGGUGCCCUCGGUCGCCAGCCAGACCAGCCAGUUGUGAGCGGAUUGUGUUGUACCCUUGUACAGUCGACCAACGUUCCGUUGCAACGAAUGUCGCCGUUCACUGUCGUCACCGCCUCCGCCGUUUAUAGUUCGCGAUCGACACGCCGUGUGCAAUCAUCAUCUUUAUCGAUACGCAAACAAAAUUUAAGAAUUAUGUUUUUACGGUAAUGUGUAACGUAAUAUAAAUCCGUCGUCGUCACUCUCGCGACAACUACCGCCGUACUAACACAUACACACACACACAUACAAAUUCAUCAUAUUCAACAGCCGAAGCACACAUAAGUUAUACACAUACACUUACAACACGAACACAUCACAUCACACUAGUUUUGUAAUACCCAAUAUUGUCUUUGAGCUUUGGUACUUUUUUUCUGCAAAAACGUGUGUACGCACGUUUUGAACGACUAACAUUUAUUGUCCGUCCAACUGUCUGCUCGACACCCUCUGACAUCCAGACGUCUACGUGAACAGCAACCCGUUAUACACAAUAUCCUGCGAUGGCCAAGACCUACGACUAUCUGUUCAAGUUGUUACUGAUCGGUGACUCUGGCGUGGGAAAAACGUGCGUGUUGUUCCGUUUUAGUGAAGAUGCAUUUAAUACAACAUUCAUAUCUACAAUCGGCAUUGAUUUCAAAAUAAGAACCAUUGAAAUGGAUGGCAAGAAAAUUAAAUUGCAAAUUUGGGAUACUGCUGGCCAAGAACGUUUUAGGACAAUCACAACAGCAUAUUACCGCGGUGCCAUGGGCAUUAUGUUAGUGUAUGAUGUCACCAAUGAAAAAUCAUUUGACAAUAUAAAAAAUUGGAUACGUAACAUUGAGGAAAAUGCAUCAGCUGAUGUAGAAAAAAUGCUGCUAGGGAACAAAUGUGAACUUAAUUCAGGGCGUCAGGUAUCAAAAGAACGUGGUGAACAAUUAGCAGUAGAGUAUGGUAUAAAAUUCAUGGAGACAUCAGCAAAGGCUAGUGUCAAUGUUGAAGAGGCUUUUCACACUCUGGCUAGAGAUAUCAAGACAAAAACAGAAAAGAAACUGAAGGAAGCAUCCAAUCCUCCCAAAGGUGGUGUGCAAUCUAGUGGUGGCCACCAUUUAAGAGAUAAUAAUGGAACAAAGAAACUUGGUCAAGGUGGWGGGAGUGCGGCUGCACUCAAUUGGUUGUCAUCAAGAUGUACAGUGCUCUGACCACGAUUAGCAUAUUAUCAUGGUUCAAUUAAAACACAAGAAACAUACACCUUGAAUAUUAUUGUCAAUAUGACCGUUAAUUAAAAAAAUUAUUAUAUUGUCUUUCUUUAAUACUAAUAAUUGUUUUUAAU